AUGAUGAUGAAAGGCUUUUUGCUUUAAGUUAGGCUAUUAAUUUUAUUGAAUAAUUCCCUGAAGAAUUUAUUACUAAUCACUUUAUUUCAUACACCUUUGCACUUCAAUAAGUUGCUCAAGACUAAUUUUUUAAAUAAAAUUAUUAAGACUCUUUUUUAAAUUCUAGCAAAGUGUUUUAUCUUUACAAAAAUAAAAACGACGUUGAAAAAGAAACUUACACAUACUUGUAAAAUUUAAAUUGCUUGGCUGGAAAUUUACUUUAGUUGCAAAAAUGGGGUUCUUAUCCAGGAUUUUAAGAAGAGUAUUUAAAAUGCCUUUAUAAAAUGA